CGGCCUGCGGGGGGGGGAGGGGGAAGUGAGGUACCUUUCGCAGCUCGCCGUCUUGGCUCGCUUCCUCGGCUAUCGACUUCUCCUCCCUGCAGACGCCUCUGGCGGGCCCCUGACGGCGAUCCGCACGCAAGGUCGGCGCUCGACUCGCUCCCGCUGCUGCCGCCGAGGAGGGGCAGGACGCAAGAUGGCGGACAAAACGCCAGGCGGCUCGCAGAAAUCCAGUUCAAAGGCAAGAUCAUCAGACACAGUGCAUUCAUCUGGCUCUUCAGAUGCACAUAUGGAUGCAGCUGGACCCUCAGAUACAGAUAUGCCAAGUCGAACACGACCUAAGAGCCCAAGGAAGCACAAUUAUAGGACAGAAAGUUCCCGUGAGAACCUUUGUGAUUCUCCCCAUCAAAAUCUGUCAAGGCCACUUCUGGAAAACAAGCUCAAAGCUUUUAGCAUUGGAAAGAUGAGUGCAGCUAAAAGAACUUUGAGCAAGAAAGAGCAAGAAGAACUGAAGAAGAAGGAGGAUGAGAAGGCAGCUGCUGAGAUUUACGAAGAGUUCCUGGCUGCUUUUGAAGGCAGUGAUGGUAAUAAAGUGAAAACCUUUGUGAGAGGUGGUGUGGUUAACGCUGCUAAAGAAGAACAUGAAACAGAUGAAAAACGAGGCAAAAUCUACAAGCCAUCCUCACGAUUUGCAGAUCAAAAGAAUGCACCAAAUCAGUCCUCCAAUGAAAGACCACCAUCCCUUCUUGUGAUAGAAACCAAAAAACCUCCACUGAAGAAAGGGGAGAAAGAAAAGAAAAAGAGCAAUUUGGAACUCUUCAAAGAAGAACUAAAACAAAUUCAAGAAGAACGUGAUGAAAGACAUAAAACAAAAGGCAGGCUAAGUCGUUUUGAACCCCCUCAGUCAGAUUCAGAUGGUCAGCGUCGUUCUAUGGACGCGCCUUCCCGAAGAAAUAGAUCAUCUGGUGUCCUUGAUGACUAUGCACCUGGCUCGCAUGAUGUGGGGGAUCCAAGUACUACAAAUUUAUACCUUGGAAACAUUAAUCCACAGAUGAAUGAAGAAAUGUUAUGCCAAGAAUUUGGGAGGUUUGGACCAUUAGCCAGUGUCAAAAUUAUGUGGCCAAGAACAGAUGAGGAAAGAGCAAGAGAAAGGAAUUGUGGUUUUGUGGCCUUUAUGAAUAGAAGAGAUGCUGAGAGAGCUUUGAAAAAUCUAAAUGGAAAGAUGAUCAUGUCCUUUGAAAUGAAACUAGGGUGGGGUAAAGCUGUACCUAUUCCACCACAUCCAAUAUACAUUCCACCUUCUAUGAUGGAACACACUCUUCCUCCCCCACCAUCCGGCCUGCCUUUCAAUGCUCAGCCUAGAGAGAGAUUAAAGAACCCCAAUGCUCCAAUGUUACCUCCACCUAAAAGCAAGGAGGAUUUUGAGAAGACUCUGUCGCAAGCCAUAGUCAAAGUGGUUAUCCCAACAGAAAGGAAUUUGCUCGCACUGAUACAUCGAAUGAUAGAAUUUGUUGUACGUGAAGGACCAAUGUUUGAAGCCAUGAUUAUGAAUAGAGAAAUCAACAAUCCUAUGUUCAGGUUUUUAUUUGAAAACCAGACUCCAGCCCAUGUUUACUAUAGAUGGAAGCUUUAUUCAAUUCUACAGGGAGAUGCUCCAACUAAGUGGAGAACAGAAGAUUUUCGUAUGUUCAAAAAUGGAUCUUUUUGGAGGCCACCACCGUUAAAUCCAUACCUGCAUGGGAUGUCAGAAGAGCAAGAAACUGAAGCUUUUGUUGAGGAACCUAGCAAGAAAGGAGCACUGAAAGAAGAGCAGAGAGAUAAAUUAGAAGAAAUCUUACGUGGAUUAACUCCUCGGAAAAAUGAUAUUGGUGAUGCAAUGGUUUUCUGUCUUAAUAAUGCUGAAGCUGCUGAAGAAAUAGUGGAUUGUAUUACGGAGUCAUUGUCCAUCUUGAAAACACCACUGCCUAAAAAGAUUGCCAGAUUAUAUUUGGUUUCUGAUGUAUUAUAUAACUCUUCAGCAAAAGUUGCCAAUGCUUCAUAUUAUAGAAAAUUUUUUGAAACAAAGUUGUGUCAGAUAUUUUCAGACCUCAACGCCACCUACCGUACAAUUCAAGGUCACUUACAAUCUGAAAACUUCAAGCAACGAGUAAUGACCUGCUUCAGAGCAUGGGAAGAUUGGGCAAUUUAUCCAGAACCAUUUUUGAUCAAAUUACAAAAUAUAUUUUUGGGACUUGUAAAUAUUAUUGAAGAAAAAGAAACAGAGGAAGUACCAGAUGAUCUUGAUGGGGCUCCCAUUGAGGAAGAACUUGAUGGUGCACCCUUGGAAGAUGUAGAUGGAAUUCCUAUUGAUGCCACUCCCAUUGAUGAUCUCGAUGGAGUCCCCAUAAAGUCACUUGAUGAUGAUCUCGAUGGUGUGCCUUUGGAUACCUCUGAAGAUUCAAAAAAGAAUGAGCCCAUUUUUAAAGUAGCCCCAUCCAAAUGGGAAGCAGUAGAUGAAUCGGAAUUGGAAGCACAAGCGGUAACAACAUCUAAGUGGGAGUUAUUUGACCAGCAUGAAGAAUCAGAAGAAGAAGAAAAUCAAAAUCAAGAAGAAGAGAGUGAAGAUGAGGAAGACACUCAGAGCUCCAAAUCUGAAGAACAUCAUUUGUAUUCCAAUCCAAUCAAAGAAGAAAUGACAGAAUCCAAGUCCUCUAUUAAAUAUUCUGAAAUGAGUGAAGAAAAACGAGCUAAACUUCGAGAAAUUGAGCUCAAAGUGAUGAAGUUUCAGGAUGAAUUGGAAUCUGGGAAAAGGCCGAAAAAACCAGGGCAGAGCUUUCAAGAACAAGUGGAACACUACAGAGACAAACUUCUUCAGAGAGAAAAGGAGAAGGAAUUGGAAAGAGAGCGUGAGAGAGACAAGAAGGAUAAAGAGAAACUGGAAUCUCGAUCCAAAGACAAGAAGGAAAAGGAAGAAUGCACACCAACAAGGAAAGAAAGGAAAAGGCGACAUAGCACAUCUCCCAGUCCCUCUCGGAGCAGUAGUGGUAGGCGAGCGAAAUCCCCAUCACCAAAAUCGGAGCGAUCAGAACGAUCAGAGAGAUCUCACAAAGAGAGUUCCCGUUCCAGGUCAUCUCACAAAGAUUCUCCCAGAGAUGUUAGUAAAAAGGCCAAAAGAUCACCAUCUGGUUCAAGGACACCUAAAAGGUCUAGGCGAUCACGAUCUAGGUCCCCUAAAAAAUCAGGGAAGAAAUCCAGGUCUCAGUCUCGAUCUCCGCACAGAUCUCACAAGAAGUCAAAGAAAAGCAAACACUGACAAAAAAAAAAUUCAUAUUUUUUUUUACAAUGCUGUCGCUUACUGGAAAUGCGGUUUUGUUUUUGUGCCUGAACAAGUCUGUUUUAAAAAAAAUCAAAUGGAAGAGCAUUCCUGAAUUUUUUUUUUUUGUGAAUGCACGUGUAUACUCAUGAGUAACUGCAUCUGUAGACCUGUCAUUGUUUUAUAUUGUACAAAAAUAUCUUCAUUGUGGCUGUUUCUCAAAAUGAAACUUUUUUUGUGUUUAUGAAUUUCAUCAGAAAUGUGUGUAACUGAUCUGCUGGCAGUAGUGAUAUUUUGUUUUAGGAUGUUGUGACCUAGCAAAAAUAACACACAGAUGUUUUUCCCCCUUUUGUAGCUUUGACAAUUUGAAUUAGAUUUCAAAUAAAAUCUCAACAGAAAAUUAAGAUGUUGUUUUCUUGCCCCAUUGAUGACAGCGGAUUCCAUAAAAGUCUGCUAAGUGAGUUUCCCACAACUCAUAUCCUUCUUCUCUGUGAUGCACUUUACAAUCCCUGGCGUUCUGAGUAGCUGUUCCUUAGUUGCAUUAAAAUAACUGUCAAAAUUAAGGCAGUGAGAAAACUCUGUGGUCAUUUUCCCUAAAGGCUUCUGAAAUAGCCUGGAUUUCCUAGACCACUUUGGUGCCUAGACAGCCAAGAAUCAUAGAAGUGGCAUGCUUUGUUAGGCUAAUGUACUGCCCACAGGCAAAGCCAGUCGAUAGGGUUGUCUUUUUACAGAAACAGUUGUAACACAACACACAUAUCUAGAAUAAAAAUUUUUUUGAAGAAAAGUGUAUGGAGAGAAUUUAAAUCAUGGGCUGGUUGGGUGUGAGCUGUUGUAUAAGAAAUUCCGAUUUAGAUAGGAAGAAGUAGCUUGGAGAACAGGCCUUUUCUCCUUCUCUAUGCCAGCCAAAGCAUCUUUCUAUAUUCUUUUUUUUCAUGCCCCUAUUUGAAGGUUGGUAUCAUAAAAUAUUCCAAUUAUUUUUUUUUCUUACUGUUAAUCACUUCAGUGUAAAAAAACUUUCCUAGUUCAGGUAAAAUAGGAAAAUAAAUUAGCUUUUUGAAACUCCUAAGCCUGAGUGUCUCAUCCAGGAUGCAAUGAAAAGCUCAUUUAAGCAGCUGGUACUACUUGGAAGUCAUAAUGUACUCUGAGUUGGGAGCAAGACUUCCUCAGUACAGCAGAGCAGAUAUUUGUAUGAUGUUUUUAUAUAGUAAGCAUAAAAGACUGAGGUCAUUUUAGAUCUUAGGUCUCACAGAUACUAAAAUUUGUCUAUCUUCCUUUAAUGGUUUUCAUUUGGGUGCUUAAUUGUAUAGUUGUUGGAGGUAUUUUUUGUGUUUUUUUUUUUUGUAGAAAGUAACUACUCUGAUGAUGGAUUGUCUUGAUUAGGAUACUUUUAAAAGAAGCUUUACUUUAAACCUGUUUUCCGCAUUUUUAAAACAAAUUCUUGCAGGCAUGCAAUUUUAAAUGUACUAUACUUGUGAGGGAGUAAAUGUGUUCGUAUUGACUCAGUGUUGGCAGGCCACUUCUAAACUGUGCAAACCAAUAAUACGUGGCAGUGUGCCCAUCAAGAUUAUUUUCCUUAAUGGCUCUUAUCAACAUAUAAAUAUCGCUUGAAUAGGCAUUCACUUAUCGUUCAUGCUUCUGUUCAAGCAUUUUGUUAGGGAAUGUUAAUUGUUAAAAACCCACUCUGAACCAUUAAGAAACGCUAAAAAUUUGGUGCUGGAUUCCUCUUUUUUUUCCCCCUAAAUCAACGUAAGUAACUUUUUCUACUCUUACUCCAUACUUGGGAGAACUUAGUUUUUUGAAAUAUAUCUUGCUUGGCAGAACUUUAGGGAUAGAUGAGCCCUAAACAUAGGUAGCUGGUAGCGUCAGUAUUAUCUUGGGUAGUGGGGACCAGAGUAAAGGCUUGCAAAUAAACUAUGCCAAGCAAAUAACAAGAAAUUGUGUGUGUGUGUGUGUGUGUGUGUGUGUGUACACUCUGCUCUUCAGAGGAUGAAUGAGUGGGAAAAGUAUUGAGAUAAUUUAAUUUGGAAUAUUUGUAAAGCUCUGCUUGUUGCCUUAGAAUUAAGCAGCUCUCUGUCUUGAGCAUAAUUUUUACAGUAGAUAAGACUGGUCAUUUGCCUUUGUUGAGGACCUUAUUUUUGUAAGUGUUGACAUGCUGUGUGAACAACAAGGGAGGCCGUAUAGGGAAUCUAGCAUCUUUGAUUUGCUCCAGAGCACUUCUGCUACUGGUUGUUGACUCGUAAAAGAUACUUGAUAAAUUAGUUGCUCUUUUUUAACUUGAAUGAGAAGUUAGAACAAGUAAACAUGUUUCUAACCUUCUGACUCUUGAGAAUUUUAUAUGAUGAAAAAUGGGUCCGAUUGAAGAAGGGAGGCAUAUUUGGCCAGAUUUUAGAAAAUGGAAUUAAUGAUCAGAUAGAUGCCAAACCAGGAAGUUCUGAGUUACCUGCUAAAGUUUAUACAAGUAAGCUAAAAGGUUCCUGUUCACUUCUUUCACUAACAGAAAAUGUUGCACCUGAUUCUCCCAUUCAUGCACAGGAACCGUGUGUAUUUUCUACAGCCAAUUAGGAAAGAGAAUGUGAUCUUUUGGUUUCUUCCACUCUCUUUCCUGGGGUUUUGAAGGAGGGCCUACUGGGCUUAUGCUGCCCUGGCCUCCCAUUGUUGUUCGAGUGAAAAAAUCAGAUUACAAGACAGGCUGCUACUUACCAAAAAGAAACCCCAAGGAAAUAAAUAAACCUGUUCUUUUGGGCAAUAUUUUUCCAAGUUCCUAUAUGUGCUGUUGGUGAAUGGCUGAGAUUUUCAGAUAAGAAACAUGUUUAGGAAUUAAAUCUGACCCAAAGGAUGUUUUUUAUUGAUUCAGAAUUUUUUAAAAAAAUUCUUGUAUGUGCUAAGGUUUGCAAAAAUUGCACUGGCCUAGUUUUAUUUUGUAUGGACCAUGCCUAUGGGAUUAAAUUGAGACUUGCUCCAAUUAAAGAACCUAGUGGGAGAAAUAUUUGCUUACAUGCUUUUAUGUAACAGCUCUUUUUUCUUUUAAGUUUUAAAUUCUUUACUAUUGAGAAUAUUUUUUUAAAUCCUACUAGUAAUUAGACCUAAUUUCCUUUAAGAGUAUUGACUUUUAUCUUUAUAAAAUUCAAGGUUCAGAGAAAUAGAGCCAAAAGGAUAUUUUUGCCACUGUGAAAAAAAUACACAGAUUAUUUAUAUUGCCAAAAUGCUUCAAACUGGUCAUCAGAAUCAUGACUUCCUCUGCUAAAAUUGGUUGCUUUUAAGACUGUACAGUACUACCAUUCUAAGAUAUUUCAGUUAAGAAAUAUGUAUUAGCACUGUUUGAAGAAUUCAGGCUGAUCAGUUUUAUGCAUUGAAACACCUUUAGAUACAAAACAAAAUUUUAAAUGAGUAAGUCAACUACAGUGAAUUUAAUGCAAACAUUUCUGAAUAGCCUGUGCUUUUAGAAAGUAUAGAUACAUUUUUUUGAGUUUAAAGGAAUACGCUAUUUGUAAAAAUUCGCUUUCAUGGUAAAGGACUUGUCUGAUAUUCAUACUUCACAUGUGAGAUUUAGAAGAGCUUAUUUGAGGAUUAGUUGGUUAUAAUAAUCUUCGCAUUAAGUUUUUUUUCCCACCGUCUUCCAAGAUUGAUUUAAUACAUCAAUGUAAAGUCCCAGUGGGAGUGUUCUUAAGAUAACCUAAGAAUCUUCUUCCAAAUGAGCCACGUCCCAAUUUAAAAAUUGAUUGCCUCAGUGUUUGACUCAAUACAGCUGUGAACCUUAUGGAAUUUAAGUAUCAAUGCAUCGUAUGUAUAACUGGUUAUAUGGUUUUUUAGGUGAAUAGGUACAAUUUGGCCUAAGCAUAUUUUCAUAUGCCUGUUUGUGCUUGGAGUAUUGAUAUAGUUUAAUUCUGCAGUGUCUUGUGUAUGAGCCUCUGAUGGCGGCUUUGAAACACCAGGGAAAAUGGGGAGUUUUUUAGAACUAAGAAUAAUGUAGUUGGAACCAGCUGAGCUGAAAUAUUCUCCUUACUUCCCUGUGCUCCCUUAUUCCCCACCUCCCAUAAUGUUUCUUUCCACUGAGCUUCUUCCAUAAUAGAUUCUCUUAAUACAAGGAAAAGGUUCCAAGUUUAUUAAAGAUGUUCUCCAUACCAGACUGUCACUUUAUAGUUUUUUAUACUUCAGGAUUAUAUGAUUGAAACCAAAUUGUGAAACUUCCCUUUUGUUGUUUGUUGGGCAUAAUUACUUUAAUAAAAGUACAUUUUUUCAUAUCGAAU